GUUCCUGCAACGAAAAAGGUCAUUCUUUUUAGGAGUUAACUCCAUAUCCAUACUUACUUAACGCGUGUUAAGUUCUUAUAUUAAAAAAAUGAACAAUCUUUUCCUUUUAAAACCAAGACUUGCUGCUAUAUCUAAUUUACAAUUUAUGACUCAAUUGGGAGACUUGGGAAGUGGCGCUGGAAAAGGCGGUGGUGGUGGCGGUUCCAUCAGACAAGCGGGUGGCGCAUUUGGCAAAGCUGAGGCCGCCAACGAGGACUUUUAUAAAAAACAAAGAAAACAACUCGCGAAACUUAAAGAAGAUUUACACGAUGAGAUUUAUUUCCAUGAGGAGUAAAUUAAGAGACAUCAAGAAGCGAUUAAUCGCCACAAACAAAGGGUUCAAGACAUAGAGAAGAAAUAGGAAACUAAAGAAAAAUAA